CUGUCCUGUACGACUGCUCAACGUUUUCCCGACUGGGAGCAAGCUGCUGUGUAGCUGGGGGCCGGACAAGGGUGUUCAGAAGUUUACUUACGGAGAUCUCCGCGCAAGUGAAAACUGACAGCGGCCGUGCGAAUUCUGUGAGGGGAUAACUACUCUAUGAAGAUGCAGUGUACCACACUUGCUGCUGCCUGUCAGCCCACGGCUACUGAAUCACUGCGCAUUAAUUAAAAAUAGCACCAAAGAGAGUGUUUCCACAGACAGCUGGCUUUCAGACUGGACCGUGCAGAUGUCCAUGCAAAUGAGUGAAGCUGACGGAGCCAUGAAGGUGGCGGAGUGGCAGCACACCUACUACACCUCUGACUCUGGGAUCCAGUCUGGGGCCACGACCCUGCGCGACGAGGACGAGACCGAGAGCAGCAGGAAGUUUAGUGCCACUUGCACUGUGGUAGAAAGCAAUGCAGACAUGGAGGCGCAGUACACACUCACUCGAGCUCAGCGUGUUCGUGCUGCCAUGUUUCCCGAGACUCUUGUUGAGGGUGAGACACCCGUGGCAGCCGCUCAGAGUGACGCCCCCCAGCAGAGCAAUGUGCAGAGAUUGGCUGAGCCCUCACAGCUGCUGAAGACCGCCAUCGUCCAUCUUAUCAACUACCAAGACGAUGCAGAGCUGGCCACUCGGGCCGUGCCAGAGCUCACCAAGCUUCUUGUGGAUGAUGAUCAGGUGGUGGUGAACAAGGCGGCUCUGAUUGUGAACCAACUGACGAGGAAGGAGGCUUCACGGCGCGUGCUGGUGCAGUCACCCCAGAUGGUGGCAGCAGUGGUGAGGGCCAUGCAGAGCACAGGCGACCUGGAGACGGCUCGCUGCGCUGCCAGUGUCCUCCACAACCUGUCCCACCAGCGCGAGGGCCUGCUCGCCAUAUUCAAGUCUGGAGGCAUCCCCGCACUUGUGCGCAUGCUCAGCUCCCCAAUGGAGUCGGUGUUGUUCUACGCCAUCACCACCCUGCACAAUCUCCUCCUCCACCAGGAGGGGGCCAAGAUGGCUGUGCGUCUGGCUGACGGCCUGCAGAAGAUGGUUCCCCUAUUGAAGAAGAGCAAUCCCAAAUUCCUGGCCAUCACCACGGAUUGCCUGCAGCUCCUGUCCUAUGGAAAUCAGGAGAGCAAGCUGAUCAUCCUGGCUAACGGUGGCCCAGAGAGUUUAGUGUCCAUCAUGAGGAGCUACAACUAUGAGAAACUCCUGUGGACCACAAGCAGAGUGCUGAAGGUGCUCUCUGUGUGUCCUAGUAACAAGCCAGCCAUCGUGGACGCCGGGGGCAUGCAAGCACUUGGCCAGCACCUUACUGGCCCGAGCCAGCGUCUGGUUCAGAACUGCCUGUGGACACUGAGGAACCUGUCUGAUGCUGCCACCAAACAGGAGGGUCUGGAUGGACUUCUCCAGGUACUGGUGAGCCAGCUAAGCUCAGAUGACGUGAACAUGCUCACGUGUGCCACAGGCAUCCUGUCCAACCUCACGUGCAACAACGCACGCAAUAAAGCUCUCGUAGCCCAGAGUGGAGGAGUGGAGGCCCUGAUCCACGCCGUGUUGCGAGCCGGGGAGAAGGAGGACGUGGCCGAGCCUGCUGUCUGUGCCCUGCGUCACCUCACCAGCCGUCACCCGGAUGCAGAGUUGGCCCAGAAUGCAGUGCGCCUACACUAUGGGAUCCCCGCCAUCACAAAGCUCCUGGGCCAGCCGCAUUACUGGCCUGUUGUCAAGGCCACCGUCGGCUUGAUCCGCAACUUGGCACUCUGUCCAGCCAACCAAGCUGCACUGAGGGAGGCUGGAGCCAUUCCACGAUUGGUUAACCUGCUGCUGAAGGCUCAUCAAGACACACAGAGACUUGGCUCUAGUGCCCAGCAAACAUACCAGGAUGGUGUGCGUAUGGAGGAGAUAGUGGAAGGGUGCACUGGAGCGCUCCACAUCCUCGCCAGAGAUCCGAUCAAUAGGGGCGAGAUCGCCAGUAUGCAGACAAUUCCUCUGUUUGUUCAGCUCUUGUACUCAUAUGUGGAGAAUGUGAAGCGAGUGUCUGCCGGCGUGCUGUGUGAGCUGGCCCUGGAUAAGCACUCUGCAGAGAUGAUUGACGCUGAGGGAGCUGCCGCUCCUCUCAUGGAGCUCCUCCACUCACCCAACGAGGGCAUCGCCACCUACGCCGCUGCCGUGCUCUUCCGAAUCUCGGAGGACAAGAGCUCGGACUACAGGAAGCGUGUGUCAGUGGAGCUCACCCACUCACUCUUCAAACACGACCCAGCCGCAUGGGAAAUGGCGCACAAUGCAAUUCCACUCGACCCUGGUUACACGCGGGAUGAUUUAGAGGGUGCAUACCCUCCAUAUGGCUACCCUGACAUACCCAUGGAUGGUCUCCCUCUUGAACCAGAGAUACAUGAGCGCUACAUACCAGAGAUGACCUAUGACCCUCGACAGGUCUAUCCAGAGCCACUUUAAUACCACACCAAUGCAGAUCCAGUGAGUGAACUGGAGGAUGACUGACAAAAGACCAGGAGGCAGGGCUUAAGGGCAGGAGUCACUCAACAGUGUGGCAUUUCUACAAAACAGGGUUUGGCCAUACCCGUGAAGAGCAUAGAGAUGGAUAAACCUCCUUUGCUUCAGUUCACCACCAGUCUGUGUACAUGUGAUGUGAACUCAAAACACACAAAUGGCUUUUUUUGUUUGUUUGUUUGUUUGUUUGGUUGUUUUUUUUUGUUUGUUUGUUUGUUUGUUUAUUAUCUUGUGCAACUAACAGAGCUGAAAAGCCUAGAAUUAAUGGGAUAAGCAUGUAUUCAUAAUGUUUCAAUUUUGUACUUGGUAAAAUUGCUUGACAGAUGACAUCCAUAACAUAAAGUCUUAGAAAUGUAGCAUAGUUAGUUAGCCAUUUAGCGCUGGUAUAGCUCUCCAGCUUCCCUGGGAGUUCUUCAAGUCUGCAUCUCUGAGUCAGAUUAUCAGGGACUGUUCAAACUGUGGAAAAGCAAAUCAGUGUUCUAUACAACAAUAACAUCAGUAUAUUUCAUUAAUUCAUUAUUUGAUUAUUCAACUACUAACCUCUUCUUUAUCAGAAACUAUAGAUCUGAUUGUAGUUUCAUGUUUUUAGUUUUUGUUUGUUUGGUUUUGGUUUGUCUGUUUGUUUGUUUCUCUCUGUCUGUUUGUUUCAGCCUUCCUCUUUUAGCUUCCAAACCAUUUUGGCCUUUGUUUUCUUCACAUAAAAAUCAGUAAAAUCAUGUUUAUCUAAAGUAACAACCCUGAGAAGGGAAGAUGUACAUUAAUAUGUACUUAAUACACAUGAUCCAAAACCAACUAACCUAAUCUCCUCUCAUUCCCUUUCUGUCUCUCUCAUGCAUACACAUGUACACACAGUAACAGCAGUCAUACCUACAUUUUUUAUGUCUGUUUUAAUAUACAGUAUAUGAAAUUUCUGUUAUUCCUCUCUCCCCCUCCAUGUAUAACAUGCAGAAUUGGGUGAAACACUGAUCAUUGGUAAAUUCAAUGAUUGUGAUGAUAAAAUGUGAAUCAUUUUUGUAUGUCCUAAAUGCUUUGAAGAGUAAGACUCAGUAUAUGUAAUGUGCAACAAGACUUUAUGUUUGGGAGCAGGAAUGCUUGCAAAAGUCAAAAAACGUAAAUCACUAAGGGAAAGAGUAAAUCCGCCAAAGAGAUUUAUUUUGUGCUGAUAAUCAUACAGGUAUACAUGCCAUGUCCAUCGCACUGCUUUAAAUGUUGGUAUAUGACGUAGCUAUUUGCCGGAAUGAAAGCUAUGUACUUGUCUGAAAGGUUACACAAGAUAUAUCAUUGCAGCUGAACUGACAGUUAUGACAGAUCCAUCUCAAUCUACUUACAACACAGUGGAACCAUGAAACACACUUAUAGGACAAAUAAAAAAAUGUUUAAAAUAAAUGUGAAACAUUUUUUUACAUUUUCUGUCAAAAAUAAAUUUAAAUUAACAUCAAUUUCAGCAUAAUUUGUUGUUUUAGAGAUGGGACAUUUCCUGAUUUGUGGAUCUGUAACUGACAUAGUGUGAGCAGGUCAGACGUUUACUGUGUGGCCCAGAAAAAAAUUGAUAAAACUUAAUACAAACAACCUUACUAAGAUAUUGUCAUACAACGUGUUUCUAAUACGUUCCAAAAUUUUGGUCUGUCAUAAUAGACAUUUGGAGCUGCAGUUGAUAAAUAACCUGGAAUUACCCUUUGAAGUUCCUUUCAAAUUUAUAAGAAUUACAGAUAUUUUUUUUUUCAUGUAAUGUCAAAGGUUUUAUACUGUUGUAAAACAUUUACAAUAAAGAGUCAUUGAUGUAUGGAUGGACAUCAACACAUUUAUAUUACAUAUUGUAUAGGUGAUCUGUUAAAAUGAUAUGGUCGGGCUAAAGUUGGGGCAGUGUUUGAAAAAUUUAAAUUCAAGAUAAAGGUGUCACUUUGUGCCCACUAUUGCUCACAGGCUUGUAAAGUACCACUUUUGCAGUAGAUGUUUGUGAGGGCUGUGCUUCAUCGCUUGUUAAAAUAUGGAUGGUGGCUUAUCAGCAUUGCUGAGGCCCAGUUAGACUGCAAGAUGAGGUGUGUGCAGUCUUCCAGCUGUCAUUAACAAAAGAACUCAGCAAUUCCUGAUAAUAA